AUGGAGAUCAUUAUUACAAUCCUUACGCUAUUGAUUGAUCCCGUUGACAUGAUCCGAAUGUCAGCUGUUACUCGUACAUGGUACCAUUUUGUUGUCCAAAAUGGCAUCGCAAAAACAGCUUGUCGAAGGAGAGCUCCAAUGCUCAAGAAUACAAGCUACUGCGACGCAAUUAUGAACCAGAGGAAGAAGCACCAUCUUCCAAGAUUCAAUGAUCUUCGGAAGGAACACAAACUGUACUCAAGCCUCCUUGCUAUUCUGUCAAAAGCAAGUAUGAUUAAUCCAAAGAAUUGCAUUGGGUUUGUCAUCGGAGCUUCUUCUACAAGCCAUUAUAUAGGAAAGAGCAUCAUUCAUGCACUCCUCCCAAACAAAAUGUAUUGGUCGAGCAAAGGGCACACCGACGCUAAUGUGUCUGAGACCAUACUUUUCAAACUCAAUGGCGGAGUUUGCAUUGUAUCAGACAUUCAAAUCCAGCCUUCUCCUGGACAUUAUGGUAAUAGACAAUAUAUAUUCUCUGCUAUGUCACUCCAAUUAAGCAUGGGGCAUAGUACGUUGCCAAAAUAUCAAACACACCAGGACAUUAACUUGCCGGGGGAUAUAAAGGAUGACCACUUCGUCUGGGGUUAUACAUCGCCUCAAUUCCCCAUGGAACAGGUUAUGCACUGGCAGUUGUCCUAA